GUUGGUUUGACGACCAAAAUCCUCCCUAUAAAUACACAUCUUUUUCAACUGUAAAUUACCUCAACAUUGCAAACGAAUUUACACACACACACACAGCAUCUCAAUUCCUCGAUUUUCACCAAUCAACAAAAUGAAGGUUAAGAUCGUGGUGCGUGUGUCGAUGAGCGACGAGAAAUCCCGCUCAAAAGCCCUAAAAAUCUGCGUGGGGAUAGGCGGAGUGGAAUCGGCGGCGUUGUCGGGGGCGGAGAAGGAUCAGGUGGUGGUGGUGGGAGAGGGCAUCGACGCGGUUGAGCUCACGCGGCAGCUGAGGAAGGGCGUGGCCCACGCGGAGCUCGUGAGCGUCGGCGAGGAUAAGAAAGAAGAUACUAAGCCCGCCGCCGCCGCGGUGGCGACGCCGGCGGAUGCGACGCCUGUUUUCUGGUCGUACCCGCCGCAUUACGCCGGGUACAACAGCUACCCGAUUUACGAGAGCUCGUCAAGCGAUUCCUGCACGAUUAUGUGAAUUGAAGGGAUGGAUGAUUCUGGAUCUCCUGGGGAGAAUUUGAGCUCCAAUUUUGAUUUUUAUUUUUAUUUUUUGCAGAGGAAGAAAUGUUACUAUUGUAAAAUAUUACUGUAGUUUUAUUUUUACGUGACUAGAAUUUGAAUAAAUUUAAUCGA